AUGCUAGGGAACACCACUGACUGUGAAGGGAAGUCGCAGUUUCAGUUCACGUGCAGAAUCAACGGGAAAGUCUACGGCAGGGAGUUUGCUGGCUCCAAGCAGAAGGCCAAGCAGCUGGCCGCCCAGAGGGCCCUUGAGAAGUUCCACUCGGAGGACGCGGCCGCGAGACCCGAAGUGCCCCCGGAGGCGUCCAUCGCGUCCAUCAGUGAGAGCAGUUCCUUGCUCAGAUCCCGCAGGCUCAGAUUCUCCUUCCCUCUGAUUUUGCUCUUGAACUUCAGGGCACCUCCAGAAGCAGCAGCAGCAGCAGACAGCUGCCCGAACACCAUGGAGAGGAGCCCUGUUGAGGACUUCACAGACAUCGAACUAAUUGGCUUUGGAGCAUAUGGGCAAGUUUUCAAAGCUCGUCACAAGAUUGAUGGCAAGACUUAUGUUAUUAAGCGCGUUAAAUACGACAACGAGAAAGUGAUGCGUGAAGUCAAGGCUCUGGAGGAGCUCAGGCACCCGAACAUCGUUCUCUACCACGGCUGCUGGAAGGGCCCCGACGACUGCUUCAUGGACUAUGACCCUGAGCACAGAGCCGACAGUCAGCCGGAGACUGAAUGCCUUUUCAUCCAAAUGGAAUUCUGUGGUCAGGGGACCCUGGAAGAGUGGAUCGACAGGAUGAGGCAUCAGAAGCCCGACACGGCCCUGGCAUUACAGUUUUUUGAACAAAUAGUUGAAGGAGUGAAUUACAUACACGAAAAAGGAUAUAUUCAUAGAGACCUCAAGCCGUCGAACAUAUUUCUCGUGGAUGAAAAGCAAAUAAAGAUCGGAGACUUUGGGUUUGUCACCUCCCUGGAAAACGACAGCCAACGGACCACGGACACAGGGACCGAUUGGUACAGGAGCCCGGAACAGAAUUCCUCAACCAAUUAUGGAAGCGAAGUGGACAUCUAUGCCUUGGGGAUCAUUUUCCUGGAACUUACUCACAUCUGUAAAACUUCUAUGGAAAUAGAAAAGAUCUUUUCACAGCUAAAGGAAGGAGAAAUCCCCAGAGGAUUCUGCAGCAGAGAAAAAGCUCUCCUGGAGCAAUUACUCGCAGAGGACCCCUCGAAGCGACCCAGUGCUCAGGAACUGCUGUAUACCUUGAGGAGCUGGAAGGACGGGGCUGGGUCCAUCGAGCACAGGACGUGCUGCAGCCUUUCUGACAAGGCCACUACCAACAUUCCCUGGUCUAGGAACUGUUAA